AUGGUCACUCUGACUGAACUAUCCUCGGAACUUCCCCACACAAUCCAUAUGUUCACUAUACAUAAGGAUCGUCUCAUUGUAGUACAGCUGCCUACUUCUUACAGUACGCCACUGGGGUUGACUUGGCAGGCUGUGCUCAUAAUUAGCAUCGGCUUGUUCGAGAACCAAGCUGCUAUCAUCGUCGACGUACUGCCUUCGUUGCCACCCGCCCAGGCGCAGCUAUGUCCGACGCCAUAG